AUGUCACCAACAUCCCUCCACCAAGGCGCCUCAAAAGGCUUCGCAGACGCAGCAACCUACGACGCCUACCGCCCCUCCUACCCUCCCGCCGCAACCCAAAAGUUCCUCGAGCACCUCCGUCUCGCCGACGUGCCCCACGCCAAGAUUUUGGAUUUGGCCGCGGGUACGGGGAAGAUGACCGAGGUGCUGGCGGCGCGGCACGAAGGGUUCGAGGUCGUGGCCGUGGAGCCGCACGAGGGGAUGAGGGCGGAGCUGGAGAAGAAGGGGUUGAGGGGCGUCGAGGUGAAGGAUGGGUUUGCGGCGAAAUUGCCGUUGGGGGAGGAGUGGGGGGAUGGUGCUGUUGUUGCACAGAAGCUCAUAAGAAAGCGUAGGUUCGCGACGACAGAAUCCCUCAAAGAGAUUCACCGCGUUCUGAAGCCGACCGCCGUGCUCGGUUUCAUCUGGAAUAUUGAAGACUACAACAAGCCAAAGCACUGGAAAGCAAGCACCCCCUGGGAACAAUCCCUCAACGAGCUCGUCUUCACCCUGGGAGGCGACGGCCAGCCGCGCUUCCGCGACUUCGUCUGGAAGAACGUCUUUGACAACCAGCUCGACGCCAACCCGCUGCGCGCCGUCAAGGACGUCGUCCUCGAGGGUGGGCGCAAGAUGCCCCUCUUCAGCGUGCCCGUGGGCGAGGAAAAGGUGCCCUUCACGGUCUGGCUGACGCCCGAGGCGGUGUGGAACCGGCUGCGGACGCUGAGCCAGGUCGCGGUGCUCGAGGGGGCGCGGGCGGCGGCGUUCAAGGCCGAGUUUGAUGCCAUUCUGGGCGGGGAGAGCGUGGAGAGGAAUGAGAAGGGGGAGGUUGCGUUGCAUGGGGUUACGUAUUUUGCUUGGACUUCGAGGUUGUAG